UUCUUCCUCUACUGCUUCGAAAUCAGAAGAUUUUAAGCGAAAGAGAGUUGGAGCCCACGCUCUUCCAUUCUCCUUGAUUGCUUUUCGUUUCCUACAAGAAAGUCUACCAAAACAUGGCAAUCGGACUGGUCUACCUCUCCCUUCCCUUUCCAGAACGAUGAGGCUGCGGCAAGUCUCUUCUUACCUAUGUGACUAAGGCAUUCUAGCCGAGUUUCGUAAUAAAACCAAUCCACCUGUCCGUUAAAUUUUUGCUUGCUCAGGCCUCUAUCACUGCCUUCUUUGUUUGUACGUUAGUACGGUCUCGAGUCCUCUCUGCUCUUCCCCGUUCCACCUCAACCAACUCCUUUAACCUUUAGCCUUUCAUUCGUCCAGGUUUCCUUCCUCCUAUACCAGCAUAUUAAGCUGGACCUUCAAUCAUCGUGUUUCAAUCACGCGUGGGUUGCGCAGCUCUUCCAUCUUGCUCUCUCCCUCUCCCUUCUCUGAUUGAAGACGUAUUUCCUAUCUAGAGUGAAGCGAGAGCACACCGAGGCCCGAGAGAAGUCCAAUCAUCUUGAACUCUUGUCUCGUCUGUGAAGAGACCCUUCGUCUGGUCCAAUCAUCGUGCAAGCGAUCUUUCUCAUGCAAUUGACAUUACAGUUGACAGUUAAGUUCUUUCCAUCGCGAACGCUGAGAGUCGAAUGUGUCCUUGAACGCAUCUUCGAUUGGACUUGCGGAUUCGUUUGAGUUCACUCCGCUUUUGGUGUGGUUCCAAGUUCGCUGACAGCUUGAAGUCCCAUGAAACGCCCUCAGAUAUGGAUCAUUUCGUGAUUCUGGGUCUUUUCUGCUUCCGUCUGGCGUUCAUCAUGUUAAGGGAAUACAUUAAUACAUUUAGAUUAGAGAUUGAACAAGUGCUGUCAGGAAGACCGCGUGCUCUUGCUUUAUCACGAGCAUUUGUUCGAUGAUCAGUAGUCCUGGUCUGAGAUCAUCAUGUAUACUACUGACGGGUCGCAUGGAAGAACGUCCGGGCGAUUUACAGGUUGCAGAACAACAACCGGUGUCGAGCAUCGAACGCAAAUUUCGUGUGCAAGGGACCUUCUAGAGAAACUAAGAGACUGAACAGACUUUGUACAGACAGCAAGAGCUCAGUAGACGAUUUUCUGUUUAGAGAAAAAGCUCUUGUAAACUUUUUGUCCUCGUGAGUUUCCUGUCACCUUCAAGGUUGACAAUUUGUGCAUAAUUUACUUCAAUUAACAUUUACACCCCCACUUCGGGGUUGCUUGUCAAGACAUCUCCUUUCCUGUGAACUCUCUUUCUGGAAAGCUUUUCAACAGCA